CUAGAAGAGAUCAUUCAGCCUCUCACGGAAUUCUGGUUUACGAAUGAAAAGGGCGAGUCAUUCUCCUAGGCUUCAGAGCGGUAUGGCGCAUAUCAAUAAGCUAAAUGGGUUUCUUACGCUGUAUCGUAUCAACCCAAACGAAAAAUUAUUCACUCAAAUAGCGGACCUUCUGUCGCCGGAGAAACUUACAAAAAUUCUCACAGACUCUACCAGCAACUCGAAAAUUUCGAGUGCGGAUUUCAUUCGCAUUGGACAGACUUAUGAACUAUUAGCAAAUUUUAUCGCUUCAGGAAAAUCGGCAUCUCAAGUACUGGACUCUGUAAAAACAUGCGUGAGCUCUGACCGGUCGACUCUGGAAGCCUUUUAUCAAAAAAUGUCCGAUGAAGACAUAAGGCUUUUUGGCGCUCAGAUCUGGUUGGCCCUAUCCGAACUGUUCAUUGCCAGUGCCCAGUUCAAGCUCUCGAGUCAGGAUUGGGGCCAGAUCUUUCUGCCUAUUGAGAAAUGGUUUGGCGAUGCUGGCUGCGAAGCGGUAGAGGUUUGUCUAGAGAAGUGGAGUGCGCUGAUUGCUUUCGUUUCAUCGAAGUCUCCAAAAGAAAUACGAAGGAGCGGGAAAUAUAUUCAGUUGAUUCAAAUAUUCUCUAAGCCUCUACGAUCGCGAACGACAAUCAAUAAGUUCUCAAACAUGUUGCCACUCAUCAGAACUUACGCUUUUCUCAUCCGCACAUUUGAAGAUGUUUUGGAUGAACGUUUCGAAGAGCUCAUCAUCUGUUUUCUUCGCUUUCUUGCUGGCAGAAAAGCUCAAGUGCUCACCACAAGCGCAGAAAUUGAGUCUGAACUAAGGAAAUCUAUUGACUCUUCGGAGCUCAUUCUCAAUUGCACUAUUCCUUCACAUUUAGGAUAUUUAACUGAUGACAGAACUUACAACUCAUCCGAUUCACUAACCUUGUACAUACUUCCUACCGUUAGCUCUGUUCUCGGAGUUGCUUACAAUGGUCAUCCCACAGAUAUCCCUCUGCAAAUCCCCUCCUGUGGCAACAAACCGGAUAUGACGCAGAAAUAUGCAGUCUUUUUCGGGCAAAUGCUGCGCUUAGCCGGUCGCAAAUGCAGUCAUGAAGACGAUGUAGCAGUGUUAGGUUCAUGUUUCGCUGCUUUGUCGCAGCGUAUCAGCUCCAUUGAAGAGGUCGCAGUGAAAAUGAGCGAAUCUCGCUUACUUUUUAAGCAAGUGCAGGCUUGGGUUGAAGAGAAUAACUACGGCGUGGAGAUUUUGGAGCCGGUUCUUUGCGAUCUUUUUACUACCAAAAACCUGUUCAUGUAUGCUAAUACUCCCACUGAAUGGUCAGCGAGAGCUUUGCUAAACUCGCUUCUACAAAAAAACGUAGGGGACAGAAUCAGCCAUCUUCUGGAAGCUACAGCUGGGACACUCGUAGAUGUCUUCGAAAAUCAUGUUCUCAAGCGCGUGGGUGAAUUGUCGGGUUUAAUGGAAACACAUCUCCAACAGUUUGAAGUUGUAUCGCUUAUGAAGGCAUGGACUCAAUUAGCGGAUAUUACAAAGGUUUUUAUUAGCGAUAGUGGCGAUAUAAAUGAAGGUGGCCUUAUUCGACCAGAUUUUCGUACUACCUUUGGUCUUUUACGACUGAUUUUCAGAAUUGCAAACGUAGCUGAGGAGGACGUUGAUGCAAAAGUUCUGCAAAAGUGCACCGCCUCUUUUGGAGAGCUUUAUUCCGAGGCUCAGACUGGUGUACGACAUGAGCAUGGAUGCAGCGCUGAAACUAUUCUAAAAGGCCUAUAUGACGACUUGAUAUUGCCAGAAACUUUUUGCUGCAUUAACGUUUACACUUCCGCUUUCGCUUCUCUGGUGGAGGUAUAUCCCUUCAAUUUCAUCAACGAAGACGAAGUGUUUAGCGCGGCUUCCUCGGAGUUCAGCGCAUUAGGAGAAAUCACUCCCUUGAUCAAAGCUGUGACCAUAGUGGGUGGAAAGCUUAUCGAGAUGAUCAGUACGGUAGAGAAGGACAGUAAACUUUCGAAAUCAAUCUUGGAGGACGUUUCACACAUUAUUAACGUCGUCAUGAAGCUGUUUCAAAACAUAAAAAAACCUAGCAUAAUUCGUAAUAUGUUCCUGUCCAUGUCCGGCCUGUUUAAGGACAUGUAUUCUCUCAUUUUCACUGAAGAUGUGCGUUUCAAAAUGAUUGCGGGUCCUGCGCUUGAGGCUUAUCUUACUGUUCUCAAACUAGUGAAAACGAAGGCUUCUGGUCCUUAUGAUGAAAGUAUGCUCAACGAAUGUGCACCGUUCUUUAUCCAGUUGCUGGGUGGUAUGCACGGAAAACGUGCUAAACUUCGAGCCGCAGCUGCGGAUCUUUGGAACAAUACAUUUGCGAAGGCAGUGUUCAACUAUCCGAUAGAAUUGAGAAAGAUUCUCAUCAAUCUUGUACAGAAACGAAUAGUUUUCGCAGCUGGACUACCUAGAAAGUCAAUAAAUAGCAGUGAUAUCAAUGAGUAUGGGGAGGUAACCGAAAGUCAUUCUAAUUCAUCGUCACAGUGCAGUCAAGGCACUAUCAACAGUUGUGCAGCAGUAAAUGAAGAUCCAAUCCAUAAAAGAAGAUCUAAACGGUUCGCCGCUCCAGCGAAUGUUACAGCCGAAGAAGUUUCCAUGAAGAAGGCACGAGAAGAUCCUGAUGGCAUCACUAUAGUGAAGAAGGAGACGGAAUUGCCUUCUUCUCCAUCUGUGAAUGAGAUUUUGAAGAAAGAAGAGAUCAGAGAUAGUCCGCAGCCCAGCCCAUCGCUGCAGACGUCAGCGACCAAGCGUCGUAAGUUUAUUGGAUUGCUUGAAGAAGAUUCCGUUGACUAUGUUCCCAUCGGUACGAGCGAUUCCGCCAAGAAAAUGAAGCUGACCGAAAGGCAGAAGGAAGUGUUCAGCGCAAAACGUGAUCGCAUGCCUUUCCUGGAUGAAGAAUCGCAGUCGGCAGUUAUUGCUAAUCUUGGAAAAGAAUUUGAUUUGGAGUCCUCCCAAUCUGCUUCUGCGAACGGAGGCUUACCCCUGUCAACUGAACCAGCUCAUUCCGAUCUGCCAAAUGAGGUGCAAGCAGAUGGCGGUCUCACAGUCACGCAUGAGGAGUUGAAUGGCGAAAAGACCGAUCUGGUGAAACUCGAUCUUUCUCCCGAGAACACCAACCAACAACAGCGGAGGAGCUCAAAAAAGCUAAUUUUCGAUACGGUUGUUGAUUCCACUACGAAUCCAGCACCCGAUUCUAACUUGGAAAGCUCAGAAGAUUCGACAGACUCCAGCGAGUUAUCUACGGAAUUUUCCACGGAUAGUCAUCCUACACCAAGUGAUGUGACGAAACCUCCACGAUCUCGUCGAAGUCAAAAGAAGGGUACACCGAUGAAAUAUGUCGCCAAGAAUAGAAGAAGAUCACUCAAAAGCACUACCAAAAACCACGCCACGUCUAAACUUUGUACAAGAGAAGCAGAUGAUGCUAUCACGGAGGACGCAACGGCUUCUCGCGAACAGAAUUCCAAGAUUAGCGAUACAGACAGUGCCAGCGAAUCAUUGGAUGACCUAACACCGUUGCGUGAGAUUCAAGAUGUUCUAGUGUCUCAAGCAUCGGCUGAUGAGAGCUUUGAUGAGCAGUUACCUGGAGAUGCCACUGAUUCUGUGGUAACGACGUCAAAAAAUGUGGAGACUAACGAGAAUACAUCUGCGACCACAAAUGCUAUGAACCCAUCUGUGCUGCAGAGGGUCGCUGGUACACCUGGCAUUCUGAAGAAGAUUGAUAGUCCUUCAACGGCUGAGAAGAAGUUCCGCCGAGUCCAUUUUGGCAACUCAUUCGAAGAGCCUGCGCUAAAUAAUGGCACUAGCGAAAAAACGCCUUCGAUCGAGGGCCCCUUUCCAGCGUCACCAAAAGGAGUGCUGAAAUCUCCUGGAGCGAGACGUCCAUUCGCUAACGUUCAGCCGACGGAGGAAAAAGUCCUACUCUCCAAUCCAUCUCAAAAUAUAAGCGGUUCACCACGAAACAACGACGACGCCAAUUCCGAAGAUCAAAUCUUUCCAGACCUUAGUGAAUGUCAAGAACCGAUUGCUAAGAUUGUCAGUAGGCUGUCGCUGACUUCUACAAAUACUGGGAGCAUCACUCUUCGGAAGACACUGGAGGCGCGCGGCAUCUUGGAGAUACGCCACCUCGCGUGCCUGUCCCGCCGUGAGGUGGCUGGACUGAACAUCAAAAAACCACGAGUUGAAACAGCAGUAAAAGCGCUCGCACAAUUUGCGCGCGACCAUUCGCCCCAGAAACAGCGAGUAGUCAUCCCGGAGCCUGGAUCUGAGCCUGCCACAAUAGCUACGGAUGAUGCUAUGCUUCCUAAUGACUCCGCAAAGGAAACAAUUUCCGCGGAUGCAGGAAUGAUACCAAAAGAGAAAACAGGUGAAGAAGAACAUUUUGAUGAACGGCCUUUGUAUGCUGAGACUCAACCCUCCGAUGGCAACAGUACCACGUGCGAAAGUGAUGAGACUGAGCGAAAUGGUAUGAUUGAAGUUGAUGUUUCUGAUGUUUGCGUCAUAAGAGAAAAGGAGCAAGAUGAUGAUAACCCGAAUAACAGUCGAAUUGAGGAAGAAUGCGCAUCUCUGAUUGAAAUGGUCACCGCCACAGUGUCAUCGGAAGUGAGUGAGGUAUCGAAUCGCAAAGAUGAUCCGUUCCGAGCUCAACUUGAAGCUCGAGCCAGAAUUGCUGAGGCUUUGGAAGAAUACCAAGAAUUAGCCACCAAAUUUCAACAUAUAACCAAUAAGAUGUUGAGAUUAUACGAGGCUGCAGAAAUGGAUGCAGCAGAUCUUAAGGUGAUGUGGACAGACAAGGAAAUAAAUCGUGUGCUUAUAUAUCGCAUAAUGAAUAUGAUUAAUCUCAUCGAUCUUGGCCAGUUAAUUUGUCAUUUUAUCAGCGGAUUUUUUCCAAUAUUUCCAGGAAUUAUCCACAACUCCAGAUUCUUUUCCAGUUUUGUUGGCUCUACCGUAAAUAGCCUUUGGCAAGCAAUGUUUCCUUAUUUUUGUGUACUCUCCAUAAGUCGCAUUUUGAUCAUCAAGAAGAGGAUAGAUCCCAAUCAGCUUACAUGGCCAUUAUGGUUUAUUCUAGCCGUUGGUUGGCUUUUUAUCCUUACCGUAUGGCUUUGGUCAUGGUUAGGCAUGGCCUUUGUUUUCGGAAAAAUUGGCUGGGAAUAUGAUUUUACCAUGUGGAGCUCAAGAUAUCUUCAGAUUCUUGAACUUGCAUGGUGUUGGCCUGCUAUACUAAUCUGUUACUUGAUGUACGUCGGUAUCAUUAUUCAUCUGGUUGUUAGUAAAAAACAAGGCGAAGCUGCUAGUAAGUCCCAUAAGCAAGAGAUUUUGAUCUUUCUACAAGCAACUUUUCUGAAUGGAUGGAUGUUUGGUUUGAUGGCAACGUGGCAUAAUUCAGUUCGGCUGGGACUUACCAAAAACUACCAGCAAUGUAUCAUCAACUGCGUAUGGAUACUGUUCUCCUACCUGAACCCGAUUUUACUCAUAGUUUUGAAUAAGAAAAAAAUUAUGAUGAAGAUUGUCGUACUUGUAGCUCUGAUUGCUGUCGCAUCAUCUGUUUGGGAUGGAAAGAUUCAAGAUAUUCCUGGCAUAAGUAUAGCAAAUAUGGAGCGACUACGCCAAAUGUUCAAUCCACUUCCAAAAGACAAAAACGAGGUCACCGACAAAAUGAGCAAAUGGAUGGGCGGAUUGACGGAAACAGAAAAGACAUCGUUCGAGGCUUUCUUAGAGGAAAUGCGCAAGAAAUAUCCACAAGGAAUGCCCGUAAUUACACCAUAA